AGUGGUGCUGCCUCUCAUCCUCAGUCAGCCCUGUGGUCUUUAAUCCAGAUACUAGGUCUGGAAUAUACUGCCCCAGACGGCCCCUUUCUCUUACAAUCACACCCAUCCCCAGGACAUGUGGUAUGUCCUGACUGGAAUCCCAGGACUGGAAGAUUCUCAUACCUGGAUCUCCAUCCCUAUCUGUUCUAUGUACAUUUUGGCUAUCAUAGGCAACAUCUUCUUGAUCUUCCUGAUUGUAACUGAGCGCCGUCUCCAUGAGCCUAUGUAUGUCUUCCUUUCCAUGCUGGCCUUAUCAGAUGUCCUGCUCUCCACAGCCACAGCCCCCAAGAUGCUGGCCAUCUUCUGGUUCCAUUCCACGGAUAUAUCCUUUGGGAGUUGUGUAUCUCAGAUGUUCUUCAUCCAUUUCCUCUUUGCGGUAGAAUCUGCUAUUCUCCUGGCCAUGGCAUUUGACCGCUAUGUGGUCAUCUGUCACCCACUGAGAUAUACCACAAUCUUAACCUCCUCAGCCACUGGGAAAAUUGGCAUCGCAGCUGUUGUCAGGAGCUUUAUCAUCUGCUUUCCAUUCAUCUUCCUGGUACACCGACUUACGUAUUGUGGGAGAAACAUCAUUCCCCAUUCCUACUGUGAGCACAUGGGCAUUGCCACAUUGGCAUGUGACAAUAUCAGUGUCAACAUCAUUUAUGGCCUGACUGUGGCCCUACUUGGCUCAGUAUUUCAGCUCAAGCGCAAGAUGAAUGAUGCAGAUUCUCACAAGGAAAAUGAAGAUAAGCAUGAUAAUCAGAAUAAUCUCUACUGA